AUCACCAUAAUGGAAUAUAACAGUGAUAGUAAUAACUGUCGUUGACUAUGACAGUGAAGAUUAUCACCGUUGUAGAGAAAAACGGUGAAGGUAUCACCGUCAUAGAGGAAAACGGUGAACCUAUCACCGCAUUAGAGAAAAACAGGGAAUAUAUCACUGUUUACGUGUACAGCGGUGAGAAUCCGCGUACGGUGAAAAGGCUGCACUCGUCCACGUCAGCGAUCCGCGUCCCUCCUAUCACCGUAGCCGUCCGAUGCGGUGAGGCUCGAAUUAUGGUUUUUCUCCCAGAUCUGACGCCUCAAAGGGAGCCAAGUCAACGAUCCUCGUCCUUCCCCGUCUUCGAUGAAAGCGAUCAAUUCAUCGUUUUUUAGGAGAGCGGUGAUUACUCUUUGAAGAAACUUCAGCGCCUCCUCCCUAUAAAUAUCACUCAUUUCCCUGCAUUCCUAACCACGCCACCAUUUUUAUACUUCUUUCUCCCUCCAUUCUUUCACUUUAGUUUCGUUCCAAGCCUAUGAUUGCGGCUAUCCGAUCUUCCAUAUCAGAAAGAAUGACUAGCGUUUUUUGUUUUGUUUUCAAUCCUUCGCUCUAAAGUUCCAUCGAUACUCUCUCCAGUUUUCGCCAAAAAAUGGACGAAGAGGCUCUAAGAGUACGCUUUUUUUUCUCUUUUGUGAUUUUUUUAAUGUGUUCGAACCCAUCUGAUUUGAUUCAAAAAAAAUUCAAAUGUGUUUGACCAACUCUCGUCUGUCCUCCCAUACAAAUCAUUUCUGCAUAAAUGUUACGGAGUUCUUGCCACGUGAAUCUCGACUAAAUUUUUAGCAUAGUG